AUGGUUCUUCGAUUUUUCCGUUACUGGGCCACGGAAUAUCUCACUGAAAAGCUCCUUGAAAGUCCAGCCUUCCAUCGCUUUGCUGCGAAAACGCAUAGAAAAGUCUCUCAAAUAUCAAACAAAGCAUCUCCGUACGUGGAUGAAGCAAGCAAACGUGCAAACAUAUUCGUAGAAAGCUUUAAAGAAAAUCUCAGGAAUGAAGCCCAAAAGAAGAAUUGGCCAAAACUAUAA